AUGGAGCAGACCAAGGAGCUCUUGCAAGCCCAAACACACGUCUACCACCACAUCCAUGGCAACGCCAUCUCCAUGUUCCUCAAGUGUGCCGUGGAGCUCGGCAUCCCCGACGCCAUCCACGCCCACGGCCAACCCCUCCCCUUCUCCCGCCUGGUCUCCUCCCUCGCCAUCCCCCCUUCCAAAGCCCCCUCCCUCCGCCGCCUCCUGCGCCUCCUCACGCACACGGGCUUCUUCACCAUCCAUCCGGACCUCGACAGCUCCGGCGAGGACGCCUACUCCCUCACUCCCAGCUCCCAACUCCUCCUCAAGAGCAGCCCCACCAGCCUCGCCUCCUUUGUCGUCGGCAUCCUCGACUCCAGCAUACUGUCCCCUUUUCAGCUCCUCAGCGCCUGGUACCGGAGCGAGCAUCCCGCCACCGCCGCCGAAAUGGCCCGCGGCAUGCCCAUUUGGGACUGGGCCAGAGCGAACCCCCACUUCAACCUCCUGUUCAACGAAGCCAUGGCCAGCGACACCAGCGUCGUGGCCAAGGUGCUAGUCACCGACUGCAAGGCCGCCUUCCAUGGGCUGAGGUCCCUCGUGGAUGUCGGCGGUGGCAACGGGAUGUUCGCGAUGGGGAUCGCCGAGGCCUUUCCGCAUAUAAAGUGCACCGUCUACGACCUCCCUCACGUCGUCGCCACCAUGCCGGAGAGCCCGGUCGUCGAGGCCGUGGGAGGGGACAUGUUCGAGCGCAUUCCUCCGGCUGAUGCCGUGUUUCUUAAGCUGAUACUGCACACGUUGACUGAUGAGCAAUGCGUGAAGAUACUGAGGCUGUGCAAGGAAGCGAUUCCGAAGAGAGAGGAGGGAGGGAAGGUGCUGAUCGUGGACGUGGUCUUGAAUUCGGACCAGCAAGAUUAUAUGGUGACGGAGUCACAGCUGGUGUGGGAUUUGGUGAUGCUGCAGGCCACGGGUGGGAAGGAGAGAGAAGAGCAUGAAUGGAAGAAGGUUUUCACGGAAGCAGGUUUUGUGGACUACAGGGUGACGCCAUUGGGUGCACGGUCUUUAAUUGAGGUGUUUCCUUAA